AUGGCAAAUAGAACCUACUUUAAUCUGGAUCAGAAAAGACUUUUUAAGCCUUAAGUUUAAUAGGAGAAAAAGCAAGAAGUCGUUACGAAAAAGAAGGUUGAAUCCAAUAGCAUAAAUGAAGAACCAUAAAAAUAAUUAUGGGAUAUAGAUUUAAAGGAUUGUGUCACUAAAUAUAAGGAUACUAUUGGAAGUAAGAAGAGAAAGGAGUAACUCAUUUUUAAGCCUGGAGGUAGUUUUAUUAAGGAAAAAAGCGAGACUGAAAAAUAAAAAACAGAAAAGGAACUAAAUAAAGAGAUUAAUCAAGUGAUAAGAUAAACAACUAAAGAGUUUUUCGAAGAGAUUUAGUUGGAGAAAAAACAAAAAGAAAACGAAAAAAACAAACUUAAUGUAUAAGAUUAGAAGGAAAAAUGUGAUAGCCAAGAUUAAGAUUAGAAACAGAAUUAAGAAGGGAAUCAAAUAAGUGAAGAAAAAAUACAAUCAUAAAAGGAGAAUAUUGAAAAUAAUAAUGUGAAAGAGGAUUAAGGAUUGUUAAAGAAAAAAGUAGGGAAAUAUUAAAAAAGCUAGAAUGGCAAUUUUGUUAGAUUGGACCUUAAAAAAAAAUAUCAAGAUAGAUUUAGAGGUGCUAUCUAUAUGAAUCAAAGAAAAUAUAAACGAAAUGGCACUUUGAAAAAUCCGAAUCCCUCUAAAAGAGAGCAAACUCAAAUUGAUUUUUAACAACUCAACAAUUAAGGACGCGCUGAAUCUUACAACAUAUUCAUAUAAUCUGUCUCCUCAGGAUUAUUGGUUGACAUUUUUGAUGAUGAAGAAAAUUUAAAAGAUAAGGAGAAACAAGAUGAUCUCAUUAAAGAAUUAGUUCAAAAAGUCAAUGAGGAUUUAGACAAUAAGGAAAACUACUUAAAUUUGCUAGAGUUAGUGUUUGGUUUUACAGAAUUCCGUGAAGGUCAAUUUGAAGCAAUCUAAAGUAUUUUAAAGAAAGAAUCAAUCUUAUUGGUUUAAAAGACAGGACACGGCAAAUCAUUGGUCUAUUAAUAUUUAUCCUUGUUCCUCCAAGAUAGUAUAGGGAUUAUAUUUUCCCCCUUAAUUUCCCUAAUGAUUGAUCAAGUGUCUAAAUUGCCUGACUAAAUCAAGGGCAUAGCAUAUCACUCUAUGCUUACUUCAUUUUAAAAAAGUCGAUUAAUCGAGUUCAUUAAAGGUAGGUAGGUUCAAUUGGUGUAUUGUACUCCUGAAAUCUUUUAAAGUGACUUAGGCUAUUCCUUAGAAUACUUUGGAAAGAUUUCAUUUAUCUGUAUAGACGAGGCACAUUGUGUAUCUGAGCUCUCUCAUUCUUUUAGACAUACCUACGUGAUAUUGAACUCUAUGAUUUAGAAUUUUUUGAAAAAUGAUAUGCCUCCUUUUUUAGCUUUAACUGCUACUGCUACCCAUUUAACUGUAGAGUCAGUCCUAAAAAAAUUCAAUAUUAAUAAAUCCAUUAUAUCGAUCAACACUGAAAGAAAUAAUAUCGAAAUAAGUGUGAGUAGGGACAGAGAUGUCAAUGCAUCAUUGAUUAAACUAUUGCAGAGCUAAAAAUAUAAGAAUUUAUCAUCCAUUCUUAUUUAUUGUAGAAGCAAAUACAUGGUUGAUAUGGUAUCAAAUUACUUGAAAAAUUGCAAUUUGAAAUGUCUUGGCUUUCAUGGAGGGUUGCCUGAAUAAGAGAAAAUGGAUAUUUAAAAUAAGUUUAUUAGAAAUUAAAUUUAGAUAAUUGUUGCUACAUCUAUAUUUGCAAUGGGAAUUGAUAAAUCAGACAUCAGAGCAAUUAUUCAUUUAAAUUUACCCAAAAGUAUUGAAUCCUACAUUCAAGAGAUUGGUAGAGCAGGUAGAGAUGGAUAAACUGCAUAUGCUCAUCUAUUCUUAAGAGAGAAUGAUUUCCAUUUAGAAAGAUCAUUUAUUUUAUCUGAUUAUCCAGAUUUUAUUGUAAUGAAGAAUCUAUUAGAAAAAAUGAAAUAAAAGUAGGAAGAAAACAAAAUUACAUACUUCAUUUCAAAAUUUGCAGAAGAAAACUUGGACUUGAGAAAGGAUACAAUUUAUUCCCUUAUGCAAAUUUUAGAAAGGUGUUCAGAUGGUUGUAUUAAAGUCUAUCCAAUUUGUCAUGAGAAGAUUGUCUUAAAAUUCUUUAAAGCUUUAACUGAUGAAUAAAAGGAGAAAUCAACAUUUUUGAACGAGCUAUCAAAAAUUGGAAGAAUGAUUUCUGGUAGUCUUCACGUUAAUGUAAUAAAAGCAAGCAAUGCUUUAUCCAUGCAACCCUUAGAAGUCAUCAGAUAAGCUCGAAAUCUCUUUAAUGAAUUAUCUAUUGCCACAGAAACAUAGGAGGAGAUCCUACCUUUUCAAAUAAUGAAGGAUUUUGAUGUGAAUUUAUUAGAAAAGGCUAAUGAGAUCUUACAACUACAUAAAUCUGUAGCCUUAGAUAAAUUAAACUUAAUGUAUAUCUUAUCGUAUGAAAACUCAGUACCAAAUUUCGACUUAUUAUCUCAAAAUCUAAUCCAAACAAGAAACUUUUACUUUAAUGAAUAUUUUAGAUCUGAAAAUCCAGUUGAUGACAUUUUGAGAAUUUUAUACGAUGAUAACAAAUAAAAUAUUAAUGAAUAUUUACCAUUUGAUGAAUUGGAUGAUGAUAAACAUAGAUAAAUAUAACAGGCAAUUAAACGAUUUCUGCAUGAAGAAACUGUUAAUAAAAACAAUAGUGAAACUCAUAAAAUUAUGUAAUCUUACUUAAAGAAUCCUAAAGUUUUGUCUCGUUUAUUUUGUGGUAUCCAAUCGAUCAAAUACUCAUAUAAAGAAUACAAAGCCUCAUCUAUUUGGAGUAAGAGUGGAAGAUUAAAAUAUGAAGAUGUACAUAAAUCUGUCCUUAACAUUUGCUUAUAAAUAUUAGAGUAAAGUUGA